AUGGCUGCUCCUGUCGUGACGGUCGGCGAGAGCAAGGAGCUGCGAGGCUUGAAUCUGAUCGCCGCCCACUCCCACAUCCGCGGCCUCGGCGUAGACCCCGACACAUUAGAGCCGCGCUCAUCAUCACAAGGUCUUGUCGGUCAGGACAAGGCCCGGAAGGCCGCCGCCGUCAUACUGGAGAUGAUCAAGGUGGGCAAGAUUGCUGGCCGCGCAGUUCUAAUAGCUGGUCCUCCGAGCACCGGCAAGACAGCUAUUGCGAUGGGCAUGGCGCAAUCCCUCGGCCCCGACGUCCCUUUCACCACCCUCGCCUCCUCCGAGAUCUUCUCCCUCGAGAUGUCCAAGACCGAGGCUCUCACGCAAGCCUUCCGGAAAUCCAUCGGCGUACGCAUCAAAGAAGAGUCGGAGAUCAUGGAGGGCGAGGUUGUCGAGAUCCAGAUCGACCGAAGCGUGACAGGUGGUGCCAAGCAGGGAAAGCUUACCAUCAAGACAACGGAUAUGGAAGCGGUAUACGAUAUGGGCAGCAAGAUGAUCGACGCCAUGACGAAAGAGCGCGUAAUGGCCGGCGACAUCAUCAGCAUCGACAAGGCGAGCGGCAAGAUCACAAAGCUAGGACGCAGCUACGCGCGGAGUCGGGAUUACGAUGCUAUGGGAGUUGACACCAAGUUUCUACAAUGUCCAGACGGUGAAAUACAAAAGCGCAAGGAGGUCGUGCACACCGUUACCCUCCACGAGAUCGAUGUCAUCAACUCGCGCACGCAAGGCUUCCUAGCUCUGUUCAGCGGUGACACGGGAGAGAUCCGUAGCGAGAUCCGGGACCAGAUCGACACCAAGGUCGGCGAGUGGAAGGAGGAGGGCAAGGCCGAGAUAGUGCCCGGUGUGCUCUUUAUCGACGAGGUGCACAUGCUAGACAUCGAAUGUUUCAGCUAUGUCAACCGCGCGCUGGAGGACGAUCUAGCACCGGUUGUCAUCAUGGCCAGCAACCGGGGCAUCUCCAAGAUUCGCGGCACCGACUACCGGAGCCCGCACGGGCUGCCGCUCGACUUCCUCGACCGGGUCGUCAUCAUUCAGACGCAGAUCUACCCGCCGGACGACAUCCGGCAAAUCUUGGAGCUCCGUGCGCAGGAAGAGGAAGUGGACGUGUCGGCCGAUGCGCUCGCGCUCCUCACCAAGAUCGGCCAGGAGGCCGGUCUGCGGUACGCCAGCAACCUGAUCACGACGUCGCAGCUGAUCUGCGCCAAGCGCCGCGCCAAGCAGGUCACCAUCGACGAUGUUCAGCGCAGCUUCAAGCUAUUCUACGACCCGGCCCGCAGUGUCGGUUUCGUCGCCCAGUCGGAGAAGCGCCUGAUCGGCAACGACGGUGCUGUUGACUUUGUCGUCACGAACGGCCAUGGCGGAGAUGCCAUGGAGAUCAGUUAG